AUGUCUUCCCAGCCACGACAAUACACAAGCGAACAAGUUAAGACAAGCUGGUCAAAUAAACCACUACACAUCAAGCUUGGCAUUUCAGAAGCAGAAAUGAACGCGCAUUUGGCUCUGCAAGCGCGCGUGCACGACUACGAGGAACGCGACAAGGAGAAAGCAAACGAACUGGAGCCCGAAGCAGAGCUAGAUACAGACUCACAUACCAGCGUCGAAGAAGAAAAGCUGGAAGGAAAGAGCGUAGUACAUGAAGAUGAGACGCACAGUGCGAGCGGCCAGAAUGACCGUGCGAGGAGGACUUCCGAAAAAGAUGAAACGGUGGUCGUUAUGGGCGGCGGCGGCCGCUGCGACUACUGGAGAAGGAAGUACAUCCAAUGGAGAUGGCAAAGGAAGUGA